AUGGCCCUGGACGAGCAGAUGGCCGCGGCGCUCGCGCAACGUACGCGGCGUGGGACUCGGCGGGCCCUGCACCUGCGUGAUCCGACGCACGCACAGACGCUAGCUACACUCACCGAUUUUUCCUCCAACGACUACCUGUCGCUUGCGCGGGAUGCAGGUCUUCGUACGCGCGUCGCGGAGGCGUGGCGCACGUCCGAGGCACCCUUGGGCAGUGGGGGCAGUCGCCUGCUGGACGGCGACUCGCUGCUUCAUACGCACACGGAGCAGGCGCUCGCCACCUACUUUGAAGCGCCCGAUGCCUUGCUGUUCAAUAGUGGCUACGAUGCGAACGUCUCCCUGCUCACGACGCUGCCGCAGCCAGGCGACGUAGUCGUGUACGAUGCGCUGGUACAUGCUAGUAUGCACGAUGGGAUGCGCGCUUCGCGGGCUCAUGCGUGCGUGUCGUUCGCACACAACGAUGCAGACGCGUUGGAUCAGGUGCUGACGGAGCUCUUGGCCGCGCAUACGCCGACGAAUGUGUUUCUCGCCGUGGAGAGCGUGUACAGUAUGGACGGCACUAUCUGUGCGCUGGAUCGGCUGUACCGUGUGCUGCAAAAGCAUGUACCCCACGCCGACGCACGGCAUAUCCUCAUCGACGAAGCGCAUGGCGUCGGUGUGUACGGCCGCGGCGGCCGCGGCGUGUGUGCGGCGCUUGGGAUGGCCGACGUCCCGACCACGCGUCUCAUGACGUUCGGCAAGGCAUGGGGCUGUGCAGGCGCCGUCGUCCUGUGCUCGUCGCUCCUUCGUGACUACCUCGUGAACUAUGCGCGACCUCUGAUCUACUCGACGGCACUCCCACCAAGCCAAGUCGUGGCGAUCCAAGCCGUGUUGGACGCCUGGCAGGGGAACGACUUGGAGGCACGGCAGCGCCAUGUGCACCAGCUCGUGCAACGCCUGCACGAUGCGCUGCAGCAGGUAGGUAUACGACCGCCGCCGCGGCCGUCGCUGCCAUUGCCGCCGGCCCCCAUUGUGCCUAUUCGGCAUGCCACGCCCAAGGCACUCGCAGCGCGACUCCAAGCCGCCGGGUUCCUUGUCCGUGCCGUAUGCUACCCCACAGUCCCACGCGACGAGGAGCGCAUACGGAUCUGCGUCCACGCGCACAAUACUAUGGACGAGAUGCAGGCCUUGGCGCGUGUGCUCGCAUGGGACGCGUCCUUGUAA